GCUGUUCAGUGAAUGGUGUGGUCAGGCAGCCAGAUGUUGCUCUCAGCUGGGUGCAAGUUCAAAGAGGCCUGAACAACAAUGGGGAGUUUUGUGGCUGAUGUGUUUCUGCUGCUGCUGAUUUCCACAGGACAAGUUCACGGAGCGUCAUUCUACGGUGACGGAUACAUCCACCUGCGAACGGUGCAGUCAUCCGUUCAGAACCUGCUCCACGUCCAAUUUCGAACCUCUAGUCCGGCAGGGCUGCUUUUUCUGGCAGCAGGUCGGAGAGACUUCCUGCUGCUGGAACUGAUCUCUGGCUUUCUGCAGGUGCGUCUGGACCUGGGCUCAGGUGAACGUUUACUGCGUACAGAAACGGGCAUUCACCUUAAUGACCUGGGUUGGCACUCUAUGGAGCUGACCCAUGACCGCCAUAAUGUCACCAUGACCGUGGACCGCAACUCUCACACCAGCCUCCAUAUGCCAGGACCGGAUCUGGAGCUCAUGGUGGAGGAUGGACUUUUUGUUGGCGGGGCAGCCGGUCUGAGCCACCCCUACAUUCUCAACAUUUCCUCUGGGUUCCGAGGUUGUGUGGAUGAAGUGGUGUUCAACAAACAUAACCUGCUGUCCGGUUUGAGGCGCUAUUCUGCGUACAAGAAAGUCCACGAGGUAUCUCUGGGCUGUAAUCUGCAGUUUUCUGCCACAGAAGAAGAUCCUGUGAGUUUUUUCAGCUCCAAAGCCUUCAUGUCACUCCCCCCGUGGGAUGUACCACAGGAAGGUGUGUUUGAAUUCGAACUCCACCCCUCUGAGAGAGAACAAGACGGCAUAGUCCUGUACAGCUCCAACAACCAGGGUGGGUUUGUUGCUGUAGAGAUCCUAGAUGGUAACCUGGUGGCGACAAUAGGAAAUGGAGAGGGGAGUAAAACUGAGCUGCGUUCUCUAACACAUGUCACCACCAACCACACUUGGUACCCCAUCCAGCUACACCUGCUACCCUACAGCCUGGAGCUCAAGGUAGACAAAGAGUUAAUCAAGGGCAACCUGGGUCCGGAGCUCCAGGCCAUCCAGCUCAGAGGGCCACUUUUCCUCGGAGGACUGGAUAAGGAAACAAGGGAAGUGGCGCAGCAGGCUGGGUUGCUCUCUGCCUCGUCUUUUAAAGGCUGCCUCCGAGAAAUUAGGGUGAACACUCAAAGAACGGGCCUCCCUCAUGCCGCCAUCACCAAGGACAUCACUGUGGGCUGUAAGAUGGGACAAGAACUUGAGAUGGGGGCGACCAACAGCCCAACAGAUCGCCCUGAGUUGGUUAUUACAACCCCAGAACCAGUGACCACCAACAAGAGGACCCCUAACUUUCUUUUGCUGAGAAAACUAGAGGUGGCAGAGGGAGGCCGAGCACCGCUGGAGCCCAAACACAUCAAGGUGAAUCUGAAUUUUCGUAAACUGGGUCUCCAUCCUUCCCAGUUGCUUUUCCGUAUUGAGGAGCAACCUGUUCACGGUCAGCUCCGGCUCGACCUCCGCCCAGACCCUGAGGGAACGCUAGAAGAGGUGGAGCAAGAGAGGACCAUCACCAUAGGAGCCGAGGAGCACGACAGGACUUUCAGUAUGCUCGACCUGUGGCAGGGCCGUGUGAUGUAUGUUCACAGUGGUUCAGAGGACCAGAACGACUUCUUCAUGUUCUCAACCUUCUCCAGUAAGAAGGAGCUUCCUGUGUUUCUAAGGGGCAAACGUCUGCAUCGGUUUGACAUUAGCAUCAGUCCUGUCAAUGAUGCGCCUGUGUUCAGCCUCCCAGAGGGAAAUAUUUUCACUCUGCUGGAGAAGUCCAAACGCCAGUUGACAACAGAUGUGCUGAGAGUGUCGGACCCUGACAGCAGUCCUGCAGAGCUGAUGUUCAGCUCCCUUGGCGAACUCUACACCGAGGCCGGACACCUUCAGCACGAGGAUUACCCAGAGAGGGCCGUUAACUUGUUCUCAUUAAAUGACCUGGACGAAGGUAAGAUCAGCUUUGUCCACUCUGGGGUCUCCACCACCAGGCUGCCACUCAGGGUCAGCGACGGGGAGAAGUCAAGCAACACGGUAGUUUUGCGGAUCAUGGCGGUGGCACUCGAACACCAACUGGUGAAUAACACAGGAUUGGAGGUGAACCAAUGCGAGGCUUCCAUCAUCACUACCAGUCACCUUGCAGUACAAGUGAAUGUGGCUGAUCAGGCAGUGGAAAUCCGAUAUGACGUGAUAGAGCCACCACGAUAUGGUGAGCUCCAGCGGAUGCACUCAAGUGGCGACUGGAAAUUGACGACCUCGUUCUCUCAAAAACUUCUAGAAAAAGAACGGAUCCGAUACCUCAGCUCGUUCCGUGGCCUUCAGACCCAGAUCAACAUCACUGAUCAGUUCAAAUGUAAUAUCAGCAUCGGUUCCCUGGUCCAGGAGGAGGUUGUUGUCCCCAUCAAGGUGCGCUGGAUCCACUUCAAGGUCACGCGAAGCAAGAUGGAGGUCAGCGGUGUUCUGUCGGCUGUCGUCACUCCCGAGAACCUCCAUGUCGUUUCCAAGGGGGUCAGACUCACUGAGGACAACCUCUACUUCAGACUCCUUACACUACCAAAGAAAGGUCGACUGCUUUUUGACAACAACGCUGUACAAAAUAACUCAACCUUCAGCCAGAAGAAUAUCACCGACGGUUUAUUGAAGUUCGAGCUGUUCAACAGGCUCCUCGAUGACACGAGAGACACUUUCAGCUUUCAGGUCUUUUCAACGCACGGCAACUCGACAAGUUACGACUUCAGGAUCAACAUCAAAACUGAGUCGACGGCCUUCACUGUAGUAAACGAAGGUCUUUUAAUACCGGAAGGUGGAAGUAAAGUCCUCACCAAAGACAUCCUCUUCACUCACACGGCAAGUAACCGGGUAGUGCAGUACAACAUCACAGUGAGCCCCAAGCAUGGACAGAUCAGAAGGAUCAAUCUCUCCAACUCAACGUCCAUUAACGACAACAUUGCAGUCUUCACAAAUCGGGACAUUGCAGAGGAGAGGAUCAUGUACGUUCACGAUGACAGCGAAACCAAGCAGGACUCUUUUACAUUUCAAAUCCUGGUUUAUAAACCGCGUAAACAAUCCAGUAAGAAGGAGGAGAGAAACUCGGCCGAACACACCUUCAACAUCUCUGUGCGGCUCGUCAACGAUCAGAGACCUGUCAGGGUCGUGGAUAAAGUUUUCCACGUGGCCCGCGAUGGCCAGAGGUUGGUGACAUUGGGCGACCUUCGCUACAGGGACGACGAUUCAGACUUCGAGGACGAGUGGUUGGUGUACACACGGAGGGGGAUUCCCAUGGGAGAGCUGGUGCUGGCCAGUAAUCCCAGUCACAAAUUGUACGAGUUUACACAGCGAGACCUUGAGCAGAAAAAGGUGUUGUUUGUCCAUAGAGGAGUGAGUUUCGGGCGUUUUGUGCUUUUUGUAUCUGAUGGGAAACAUUAUGUCUCAACACUGCUGGAGGUGAUGGCCCAGGAUCCUUACCUGCAAGUGGAGAACAACACAGGCCUCGUGCUCCAGCGAGGUGGGAUCACGACCCUGACCUCUGCAAACCUCAGCGUCUUCAGCAACCUCGACAUCCGAGACCCACAGGAGGUGACGUUCCAGGUCUUCCUUCCCCCUAAACGCGGCGCCCUCUGCUUUGCCAACGGAGAUUGCGACACAGUGAAGAGAGCAGAUGCGAUUUCAAUAUUCACCCUGUGGGAUCUGGUGGCGGGGCGCCUGGCGUACCACCACGACGGCAGCAGCCAGGAAUUGUCAGACUGGUUCAAUGUGACGGCCAAAGCCAGAGAGAAGAGCAACGAGAGGCAACCAGAAAGAGGGAGGAGGGAGGUGCACCUGGACAUCGGAGUGCCGGUAAAAAUCUACCUGGAGAGUCAUCAGAGGCAGCCAACGGUCAUGAGUAACCGUGUGGUGGUGGUGGAGGAGGGACAGAAUGUCUCCAUCACCAGGGAGCAUUUAGAGGUCAUCCACGAGGACAGCCAGCCCUCAGAGAUCAUUUUUACCGUCCAGAGUCCUCCCACCCUUGGUUUCCUCCACAGGUCCUCCCCCAUUAAUGAGCCCCAGAAUAAUGGAGAACAGCAGCUCGAUCAGUGGAACAGGGAAGAGGAAACAACCUCCUUCACCCAGGACGACCUGAACCAGGGAUUGAUCGAGUAUCAUCAGGAGGCGGCAGGAAGCAUCAACGACUCGGUUCUGUUGGAGGCAACCAACGGGGUCACAAAGGUCGGACCCAUCAGGCUGGAGAUCGACAUCAUUCCUCUCCUGCUCCCCCUACAGGUGUCUGACUUGACCCUUGACGAGGGGUCAUCCCUGCCGCUGACCCCUGACAUCGUCAAGGUUGCCAAUCACCAUUUCUCAGGCAUGAACUUCCUGUAUCAAGUCAUCGUUCCACCACGACACGGACACUUGGAGCACAGCCGGAUACCGGGGAUGCCCAUCACGGCUUUCACGCACACUGAGUUGGAACGUGAGUACAUCUCCUUCAUCCACGACGGCAGUGACACACAGAGCGACAACUUCACCCUCCAGGCCAAUCAGACAGAGAUCGGCAAGCACAGUUUGCCCUGCACCGCCCACGUCAGCGUUACGCCGGUGAAUGAUGAGACUCCUGUCGUUACAACCAACCGGGGUCUGAAGGUGUGGAUGAGCUCGGUGACAGAAAUCACCACAGACGACCUCAGCGCCGAGGACUCUGACACUCUGUCUGAUUGGCUGGAGUUCAUCGUCACGCCGCCCAGCAACGGCCACCUGGCUCUGAGGACCGCCCCGUCCAAGCACAUCCUGAACUUCACCCAGAGUCACAUACAGAGGGGACAGCUGGUGUUUGUGCACAGCGGUGCAGCCGCUGGUGGCUUCCACUUCCAGGUGAACGAUGGCGUUAACUUUGCCCCUCGUCAGAUAUUCAGCACGACUGCCCACUCUCUGGUCCUCACUCUGCAGAGGAACCAUCCGAUGGAGGUCUACCCAGGUUCUGUGACACCGAUCACUGAGCAGGAUCUUCAGGUGGUAACUGAUGAUGUCAGCGAUGUCAGGAGAAACCACUCUGUGGUGUUUGCGGUCACUGCUCCUCCCACACUCGGCCGCCUGCUCCGGCGAAUGCCCGACAACUCUACGCAGGACAUUUCUACGUUCACGCAAAGCAUGGUGAAUGACGGAGUCGUCCUGUACGAUCAGAACAACCCGGAGUCGGUGGGAUGGUCGGCCACAGACUCUUUCUCUUUCACUGUGUCCUCUCCUCCUGCUUUUCUGGCUCCACACACCUUCACCAUCUUAAUCUCCUACCUCGCUAACAAACAUCAUCAACACAACACCAGACUACUAAACAAUGCAGGUGCUGUGGUGGCGGAGGGAGGCAGGGUCACGAUCGACAGGGGGAAACUCGAUGCCUCCAACCUCCUGGGGAAAGUUCCCGAUCAACACCGGAAAGACCACCACAUCCUGUACCGGGUGAUUUCUCCUCCACGUCACGGGGCUCUGUCUAUGCAAGGACAGAAUCUCACCAGAGACCAACCAGAUUUCUCACAGAUCACCCUCAAUAACUUUGGCAUCACAUACAUCCACGACGACUCUGAGACUCUGAGUGACAGCUUCACGUUCCAGGCUUGGGUUGCUCCUCUGGAUCCCUCCUCCUCCUCCUCCUCAUCGUCCCUGUCUGCUUUCUCCUCUGAUUCCUCCUAUUCCCCUCUCUAUUCGAUAUCAUCACCCCCCCUGCCGCCACUCAAAGCGGUUCCUGAUGGCAGAGUGAAGGACAGCCUGGCGGUGACGGAGACGUUCAACAUCACGGUGACACCAGUCAACGACCAGCCGCCUCUCAUCCGGAGCAGAACCCCGGGGAUGAAGGUGGUGGUCGGAGAGAGAGUGGUACUGGGCUCAGACUACCUGCAUGUUGAGGACCAUGACAACCCUCCAGAGGAGCUGCACUACCUCGUGAUCAGUAAACCCAACAGCGGCUACCUGACGCUGGGGGAGAGACCAGAGCCUGUGACCUCAUUCACCCAGUACGACGUCAACCACGGCCGGCUGCAUUUCAUACAACAGGGUGAGGCUUCAACAGGAGUUUUCUACUUCAAUGUAACCGACGGUCACCACCGCCCGCUCUACAAGCUCUUCGGCCUGGAGGUGAUUAAACCCUCUGUCUCCAUGGUGAACAACACCGGCCUGUCAUUAGUCCAAGGCCGGACCGCUGUGGUCCUGACCACCGACCAGCUGGCAGCUCGGACCAACGGCCGCAGCCCGGCCAACGUCACCUACACGGUCACCACGCACCCUCGCCACGGACGCAUCGCCAUCAACGACCUGGAGGUCACGACCUUCCGCCACGAGGACCUGCAGUUCGGGCGAGUCGUCUAUCACAUGACCGAUCUGAGCGAAUCGGAGGACUUCUUCCGAGUGUCAGUGUCGGCCUCGUCGCCUGGCGUCGAUUAUGGAGAUGUCACGGCACAGACGGUUAAGGUCACUGUGCGGCCUCUGAUCUACCUGAGGGAGCCGGUCAGAGUCCCCAGUGGCAUCGCUGUGAAACUCGGGAAAUCCAUGAUCGACGCCUCGGAGCUGGCGAGAAUCAGCCGAGCCGACCCGGUGUUUGAGAUUCUGUCGCCACCAAAACAUGGAAAACUGGUCAAGAUGACCUAUGACCCCAACCGGGCAUCAGAGGUCCUGAAGUCCUUCACCUUCAGAGACGUGUUGCAAGGCCGAGUCGCCAUCGAAGAGACUCUGAGUGACGGCGACAACCGGCUCCACGAUAACACAUCAACGCUCGGGACCGCUCAGGGCCACACCCCCGCCAGACCUCUCAACGAUUCCUUCAUCUUCCUCGUGAAGGCUGGAAAUGUCCAACCGGCGAAGGGAGAGCUUCACUUCACCAUCCUGCCCCACCACCAGAUGCAUCACGGUCCGACUGGUGGAAAUAAAGAUGAGGGUGCAAGUGGCAAACACACCACAGAACCUAUUCCGACGCAGAACAGGACGACUGCCGGAGGAGGGAGAAGAGGGGGAGCAGGGGGAUCCACGACGCUCACUGAAGUCCAGGUGGGUUUGCAUCCUCACAUCCUGUCACAGAAGAACCACAACCGGACACAGCCCAGGUCGAGGCCCCACGGCCGCUGGGGGAACCACACACGCAACUGGGGUCAUGGAGGUAGGUCAGGGAGCGGCGCGGAGGGAGCGGGUAGAGGUCACACUCACCCUGCUCAACCCCACACUCCUUUCAUCUCAGACAAACACGGGCCGGCGAUCCCCCCCGACGCCAACGCGGUUCACGUGGAGGUCCUCCCUCGACCCGCCUCCGACCCCCUCCUCAUCAUCCUGCCCUUGCUGGCCUGUCUGCUCCUCAUCAUCAUUCUUGUGGUUCUGAUUCUGGUAUUCCGCCGCCGAAAGGAGAAACAGGCCCGGCAGCGGCUCCUCCGGGAGCUGGCCGCGGUGGUGCUGCCCACUGAGGACAGUCCUUAUCUGGGACGGCCGGAGCGGAGCGUGGCGAUGCCAUCUGUGGUGGUCACCCCGCUUGCCCCGGCAAGCUGCCCCACCUCACCAAAGGAGCCCAUGAGUCCCAGGAGGAGGAGGAGCCUGGCCCCCGGGAUGACCUUCUGGGGGCCGUUUGAAGCUGACGGAGCAGCUGGAAAUGGGAAUAUUAGACGUGGUUCCAUUGAUCAAAGAAAUAAUGUGAUUUGUCGUAAUGCAUUCCCAGCUGUCGCUACAGGAUUCAAGGCCUCUGUGAGUUCUAGGUCCCCCACUCUCAGACACGACCAGUACUGGGUCUGAUGAAGGCAAUUCAAAGAUAAACUGACUGUGCCUUAGAGCUGUAUUUUAGUGGGAAGGGUAUAAGUGAUCUGCUGUAAGCUGAAGAGAGGACACAAAUUAUGCACAUUCGAUGAAGACAUGUAGAAAUAUGAUGAUGGAUGAACUAACUUGAACUUUGUGGAAGUAGCAUGACUGAAAUAAGUGUUAUUUCAUGUUUAGACCAAAGUCUAUUAUUUAUGCUUAGGCUGCCAUUUUGAAUUGUCCUUAAAAGGUGUUUUAUGUCAAAAUGCACAUUGUGUAACAAAUGGUCUUGGACUGAUUCAUCAAAACACCAGUUCAACGCCUAUAGUGAUGAAAGUAGUGGGAUAUUUUUGGAACCGAGCGUUGAACUCAAACAUAGACUUUAGUAAACAAACUGUCAGAUUUGAUUUGAGGAAGCUGAAUUUGGGGUUUUCGUUGAAAUGGGAGUUUGUAGUUUAACUAUCGCUCUCCUACAAGUUGCUGUGUUACUUCCUUAAAUGUCAGCUGCUGAAUCAUAGUGAUGUUUGUUCACAUAAAAAGGUACUGUCAGCUUUUAUUGCAAAACUACAUUUACCGCUCGUGCACGGGUGUCAUUCACCAUUCUGCACUUUUCCAUUACUGUGACCGUCUCUGGUCGUCCGUACAGUGUUAAUAUAAACUCAUAGUGAGCUAUAAAGACAUAACUUCACCUUUGACCCUGUUUAUGCCUGGAUUUGUUUGCCGUGCACUGUGUAAAACUUUAUUUUUAAUAAAUGAUGUUU